AACUAACAGGUGUCCUCCUGCUUCAGGUCCUGUGCCAGUCCGUCACACCGCCUCGCCGCUCAGCCGCACGCGUUCCCUUCCCGUUGAGUUUGACCCCGAGGAAAAAAAAACACUCCAACCGGAGACAAUUUAAUCCACAAAAUCAUGCACUCGGCACAGAAAGACACCACCUUCACCAAGAUCUUCGUGGGAGGCCUUCCUUAUCACACCACUGACUCCAGCCUGAGAAAGUAUUUUGAGGUGUUUGGGGACAUCGAGGAGGCUGUUGUUAUCACCGAUCGGCAGACGGGGAAAUCCAGAGGUUAUGGAUUUGUGACCAUGGCAGAUCGGGCCUCAGCUGACCGAGCAUGUAAGGAUCCCAAUCCCAUCAUAGAUGGAAGAAAAGCCAAUGUGAACCUAGCCUAUCUGGGAGCCAAACCCAGGGUCAUCCAACCAGGUUUUGCAUUUGGUGUGCCUCAGAUCCAUCCAGCGUUUAUCCAAAGACCAUACGGGAUCCCGGCCCACUACGUCUACCCACAGGCCUUUGUCCAGCCCAGCGUGGUGAUCCCUCAUGUACAACCCUCUGCUGCUACAGCAACAGCCGCCGCUGCUGCUGCAACUUCCCCUUACCUUGACUAUACUGGGGCAGCUUAUGCCCAGUACUCUGCUGCUGCCACUGCCGCCGCCGCCGCUGCAGCCGCUGCUUAUGAUCAGUACCCUUAUGCGGCCUCGCCGGCACCUACGAGCUACAUGACCACGGCCGGGUAUGGAUACACCGUCCAACAGCCGCUCGCUACUGCUGCAACACCUGGAGCCGCUGCGGCUGCUGCCGCCUUUAGCCAGUAUCAGCCACAGCAGCUUCAGACAGAUCGCAUGCAGUAAACUCACAAAGACCGCCUUCGUGCCAGGGAAGAGGGUAGAUUCGCUCCUUCGGUGAAGACAUUAAAGUUACGAGAUUGAGUUUUUUCAACUCUAUACCCAAGAGCCUGAAGAAAACAUGGAGAAACAUGAAGAAUAUCUGUAUAUUUUAUUCAAGUGAGAUCAGUAUUGGAUGUAUAUGAAUAUUUAAUAUUUAUUCAGCAUUAAAACAUGUUCAUGUUAGAUAAAGAAAAUUUGCGUGAUCUUGUGUGAGCUGCUGCUGAGUUGUACGUAUGCAGCGCAGUAUCUUUUAUAUGGAACUCCCAAGUGCAUAUUAUGUCCUAUGAUCAGGUUUUUUUCUUCUACAAUUUGAAAACAGAAACACUUUUAGAUGCAUGAGAACAGUGGGUCAUAUCAUCAUCCACGACAGUAUUUAAUAGUAUCGGACCAUUAUUUUUGUUUGGAAGGGCAGUGUACCUUAAGUCAGAAGUGUUUUGUUAGGACAAAUUUUUAAGCAGCAUUUAGAGUGAAAUAGAGUAGUUUCACUUCAGUGGUUUGCUUUACAAUGUAUGUCUUGAUGGCACAUGUGAAAUAUGACAACUGGUGAAAGCACUCAUCUUCACCUCUCCUUGCUUCAGCAAAUGAGAAGGAGAAACUGCUGAAUGUGAAUCUUGUAUUUUGAUAAAAUGUUUUCACUGUGUGCCUUUUUAAAUUAUGCUAUUUAUGUAUUUAUUCAGGAGCCUUGAAGCAAUAAUAGCUUUAUUUAACACAGGUUAAAUAAAGCGUUGAACAUGCCCACGCGUCCUGCUGCAUUUCUCAUGAUCAACAGCAUGUAAGGACUAAGUUAUCUUGGUCUGACUGAACUCUGUUCUGUACAGUAAACAAGUGUGUGAACGGUAACUAUACAUUUAAAGCUUUUUUUGUUGUUCUUUUUCUAGUUCUAAUUUUUUGUCUAAAGUUUGAAACUCUUAAAUGCAUCUUUUUAUACUUGACCUGUUUGAUAAGGACAGCGCUUGAACCGCAUGAACUUUUAACUUGUUCAAAUGUGCUGUGUGUUAUGUCUUUUGACAUCAAAAUUUUUCAAAUGCAGGUACAUGAGCUGUUUAUCUUGUAAUGCAUGAUUCUAAAUAAUGUAAUUUCAAAAAUAAAUGGACAUUUUCUUCAAAUUAAAUGUUUUAUUAUACUCUGUUUAACACUGAGCAGCUUAUGCGGCAAUAAUAAAUAAUCGUUUUGAGAAAAUUAUUAUGAACAGAAAAAAUACAUUUAAGCCCUUGAUUAAAAAUGCAUGAAUGGUCAAAAUAAAAGAAGAAUUUGAGGUCCAAAUUGUAAUUGUUUAAAAAUGAGGCUGCAGCACCGCCACACAUCUAUCAUCCCUGUUCAUCCCUUUAUAUUUUCUUUUCUUUACAUUUAUCCACCUAAUUCCUCUUUAUUGCUCAUUUUUCACACUUAUCUUUCUCAUCCCUUUUGGCCACUGUCACCCCAAUUUAUGACCCAUUUUUAAUCUCAUUCCACACAUACUGUAAUUCCAAUCAUCUUCUAUCCUCGUGUAAUUAGAAAAGUUACAUAUUGUUAAAUAAAGUUGAUGGUUUCACAUUCUAAUCAGCGAAUUAACUGAAAAACACCUUCAAGUUACUGAACAGCAGUCACCCAAUGUUGAAAUCUCUCUUUUUUUUUUUCUUGAAAGCUAUCUGAGGCCUGCUGUUUUGUCUCUUUGUCAUGUAUUCUGUAAAUUAAACACUGUCCGCUCAACGUGAAGCUUGGAGCGCCUCACUUUCGAUGCCCUUGACGCAUUACAGGCGGAGCAAAAGCCAGUUUACUGUUAACGCUCAAACAGGCCAUGCGACAUUCAGGUCGAGUAGAAAUAAUCAUUGCUGUGUACGUUUCUUAUUUUAAUAACAUGCAAAGAAAGCUUUCGCUUUAUUUUGUAAAUGUAGAUAUAGAAAUAAAUGUAUGUUUUAACAAACUAUUUGGUAACAAUGUGAAUCCCCCAGAAAUAUGGGGAAUAUGAACCCAUCUGCUAAAAAUAAAAUAAAAUAAAUUCUUAUUCCUUAACAAUCCAAAA